AUGUCUGCAAUUACUGUCUUUCUUUCAGGAGCAACCGGGUUCGUUGCUCAACAUCUUAUCAAACAAUUGCUUACCAAAGGUUACAAAGUCAUUGGUUCUGUGAGAUCUACUGAAAAGGGGGAAGCAUUGAAGAAGAACCUCAAUUCGGAAGAUUUCGAAUACGUCAUUAUUUCUGACAUUCAGACUAAAGGCGCUUUUAAUGACGUGUUGAAAAGCCAUCCAGAAAUUACUAUUGUGUUACAUACAGCUUCUCCUUUAUCAUUCAACGUGACUGAUCCAGAAAAAGACUUCUUGAUUCCUGCAGUUGAAGGGACUAAAAAUGCCUUAAAUGCUGUUAUUGAAUUUGCUCCUCAAGUAACAAGUUUCGUUUUAACUUCAUCAUAUGCUUCAAUCUUUACUAGGUCUAAAGAAAGAGAUAAUACCGCUACAUUCGAUGAAUCUUCAUGGAAUGAUAUUACUUGGGAACAGUCAAAGGAAAAUUUAUUGACUGGAUAUCUUGGUUCUAAAACUUUUGCUGAAAAGGCUGCCUGGGAGAUUAUAGAAACCAAAAAGCCUUCAUUCAACUUUUGUACUAUCAAUCCAGCUUGUAUUUUCGGUCCACAAGCGUUUGAUUCAGAAGUAAAGGAAACAAUGAAUGCUUCAGUAGAAAUAUUACACCGUUUGAUUAAGUUGAAGUCUACUGACCCAGUUCCUGCUCAUGCUGCCGGUUUUAUUGAUGUAAGAGAUGUAGCAGCAGCUCAUAUUGUUGCAUUUGAAAAUAAAGAAGCUGACUCGAAAAGAUUAAUACUUUCAGAUAAGAGAUUUUCUUCUCAAGGUUUACUUGACAUUAUUAAUGAAAACUUUCCUACUUUGAAGGGUAAGCUUCCAAUUGGGAACCCAGGAACUUCUGAUGAACAUACUAAAGUUUUGGCUGCUAUAAACAAUGAAUUGACGAAAAAAAUUCUAGGAUUUAAAUUCAUUUCAUUGGAAAAAUCUGUUAUUGACACAGUUGAACAAAUUUUAUCUGUCAAGGAAAAAUAA